AGCGCCGUCAGCACAACAAACGCACAACACAAGGAGAAACUUGGUGUCCAGGGGAGGCCCCCGGCGGCUGCAGCGCGGCGGAGGCAGGCGCAGAGGCCGGAGGGAGCGGAGGCGAGGGGCGGCCCGAGCGCGGGGAGGGAGAGAGGCGAGCGGUCAUGUGCCCGUGCCCCCUGCACCGCGGCCGCGGCCCCCCGGCCGUGUGCGCCUGCAGCGCGGGCCGCCUGGGUCUGCGCUCGUCCGCCGCGCAGCUCACGGCCGCUCGGCUCAAGGCGCUCGGCGACGAGCUGCACCAGCGCACCAUGUGGCGGCGCCGCGCGCGGAGCCGGAGGGCGCCGGCGCCCGGCGCGCUCCCCACCUACUGGCCCUGGCUGUGCGCGGCCGCGCAGGUGGCGGCGCUGGCGGCCUGGCUGCUCGGCAGGCGGAACUUGUAGGAACGCGGGGCUUCUUGGUGGGGCCGGAGCCGAGACCCAGCCGGAGAGAGCAACAGGUUGGUGAAAACCCUGUGUCCUUGGAGAAAGCUGGUUCCCAUUUUCCUGAGGGGGAGCCCAGAGCUUGAAAGGCCGCAGUUGGCGCUUCGAGAAGGAAGUGGAGAGGCGUCUGGAGCCAUAGUAGCAACGGCGGAAAGGGACUGGGGAAGCUCUUUGCAUAUCCAGCUGCAGAAACAGACACCCCAAUGCUAUUUACAUACAGCUCUAUAUAUAAAAAAAGAAAAUAUGAAUAUUACUACUCAGUGCAUGUCUUGUCGAGGACACGGUCCCCUCCCUUUUCUGCACCUUCCCGUGUGAACUUUGAUGCUUCCGUGUCUGGGGCACCAGAAGUGAGGUGCGUACUGUGUACCUGGAAGAUCUGCAAAGACUGGUGGGAAUCAGCCCCAGAGUCGACCAACCACCUGGGGAGGGAUGCUGGCGGAGCGAGGGGGAAAU